CGACUGCGCAUCUUAACAUCUAGCUUUUUGUAGGUAAUAUCUGUGCUUCACAUUCACGAAUAUUGAUAAUGAAUGUUUAUGUCACUCGGUUGUGUCGUAAAAAAUCAACAUGAGCGGGGGUUUAGCACCUAGCAAAAGCACUGUAUAUGUGUCGAAUUUGCCAUUCUCUCUCACCAACAACGACCUUCACAAGCUUUUUACCAAAUAUGGAAAAGUGGUUAAGGUUACAGUUGUGAAGGAUAAAGACACCCACAAAAGCAAAGGAGUGGCAUUUGUUUUAUUCCUUGACAGAGAGUCGGCACAUAACUGUGCAAGAGCAGUGAACAACAAGCAGUUGUUUGGCAGAACCGUAAAAGCCAGUAUCGCCAUCGACAACGGACGAGCAACUGAGUUUAUCAGAAGGCGUAACUACACAGACAAGAGCAGAUGUUACGAAUGCGGGGAUAUAGGACACAUGAGCUACGCUUGCCCCAAAAAUAUGUUAGGUGAAAGAGAGCCACCAAAGAAGAAGGAAAAGAAAAAGAAAAAACAAGGGCAACAAAUUGAACAUGUUGAAGAAGAACUUGAAAGUGAGGAAGAGGGAGAAGAUCCUGCCUUGGAUAGUCUUAGUCAAGCCAUCGCUUUUCAGCAAGCACGUAUCGAUGAAGAGGAGAAGCAAAGUAAAAAUGGAGUCACGUCUCAAGAUGAAAGCACUCAUCCAUCGAUGUCCGCAGACUCCAAGAAACUACGAAUUAAAAAGAGCGCAUAUUUUAGCGAUGAGGAAGAGCUUAGCGACUAAAGUUUAAUUUUGUUUUUAUAUAAAUUGAAGUUGUAAAUAAAUAAUUUUUGGGCCGCUGUUGGUUUUUUUGUUAAUCAAGUCCCACCCCUAAUAUAUAUAUAUUUUUUUCAUGAAUUUAUUUAUUUGCUUAAUUAAAGAAGAGAAGCACUUGGUCGUCUUCAAUUUGGCCAUUCCAGGCAAAUGAUGGCGCUGUGGCGCCAUCAUGAGGGCAUUUAUAUAAGGCAAGAUGCGAAGUUUGACUUGCAUCAUUAGUAACUGGCGGUCAUCUUAAAACAGUGGAGUUCU